CUUUACAAAAAUGGGUAACAUGAAAUUGUGUCCUUUGAUGCUAUGCUUGUUAUUAGCAUUCUUGCUUGGGGCCGCAGCACAAAAUUGUGGUACCCAAGUUGGUGGCGUGAUAUGCCCAAAUGGUUUAUGUUGCAGUCAAUAUGGGUGGUGUGGGAACACAGAAGCCCAUUGUGGAAGAGGUUGCCAGAGCCAAUGUACACCUGGCUCCACACCAACACCAACAACACCUAGUGGAGGAGAUAUAAGCAACACCAUUAGCCGUUCUCAAUUUGAAGAAAUGCUUAAACACCGAAACGAUGCAGCGUGUCCCGGGCGUAAUUUCUACACCUAUGAUGCUUUCAUUGCUGCUGCUCGCUCUUUCAAUGGCUUUGGCACAACCGGUGAUAUAACCACUCGCAGGAGGGAGAUUGCUGCUUUCUUCGGUCAAACUUCUCAUGAAACCACAGGAGGGUGGGCAAGUGCACCAGAUGGUCCAUACGCGUGGGGAUAUUGUUUUAUCAACGAACGCAACCAGGCAGAUUAUUGUACUAGCGGCACCCGAUGGCCUUGUGCUCCUGGUAAAAAGUAUUAUGGCCGAGGACCAAUCCAACUCACACACAACUACAAUUACGGGCUAGCAGGAGAACAACUUAAUCUAAAUUUGCUAAACGACCCGGAUCUAGUAUCCAGAGACCCAAUUGUGGCAUUCAGAACAGCCAUAUGGUUUUGGAUGACCGCACAGGGAAACAAGCCAUCAAGCCAUAGUGUGAUUAUUGGAACAUGGAACCCAUCUAGUGCUGACUGGCAAGCGGGUCGGGUCCCCGGAUACGGUGUGAUCACCAACAUAAUCAAUGGCGGGCUCGAAUGCGGACGGGGCCCGGAUUCUCGGGUCCAAAGUCGGAUCGGGUUCUACGAAAGGUACUGCCAAAUCUUUGGAGUGAGCCCCGGGAACAACUUGGAUUGCAACAAUCAAAGGCCAAAAAUGGGUAACAUGAAAUUGUGUUCUUUUAUGCUAUGCUUGUUUAUAGCAUUCUUCUUGCUUGGGGCCACAGCACAAAAUUGUGGUUCCCAAGUUGCAGGAGCGUUAUGCCCAAAUGGGUUAUGUUGCAGCAAAUUUGGGUGGUGUGGAGAAUCAGAUACCCAUUGUGGAGCAGGUUGCCAGAGCCAAUGUAGAAAUGGCUCCACACCAACACCAACACCUAGUGGUGGAAAUAUUAGCAACAUCAUGACUCGUUCUCAAUUUGAGGAAAUGCUUAAACACCGAAAUGAUCCAGCUUGUCCUGGACAUGGAUUCUACACCUAUGAUGCUUUCAUUGCUGCUGCUAGCUCUUUCAAUGGCUUUGGCACAACCGGUGAUAUAACCACCCGCAAGAGGGAGAUUGCUGCUUUCUUGGCUCAAACUUCUCAUGAAACAUCAGGAGGGUGGCCAACUGCACCAGAUGGUCCAUACGCGUGGGGAUAUUGUUUCAUCAACGAACGCAACCAGGCAUAUUAUUGUACUAGCGGCACCCGAUGGUCCUGUGCUCCUGGUAAAAAGUAUUAUGGCCGAGGACCAAUCCAACUUAGAUUCAAUUACAAUUACGGGCAAGCUGGUACGGCACUUGGUGUAGAUUUGCUAAACAAUCCAGACCUAGUAGCCACAAAUGUAGAAGUGUCAUUCAAGACAGCGUUGUGGUUUUGGAUGACUCCGCAGGGAAACAAGCCAUCAUGCCAUGACGUUAUUACUGGAAAAUGGACGCCAUCUGAUAUUGACAAGUCAGCGGGGCUGGUCCCCGGAUACGGUGUGAUCACCAACAUAAUCAACGGCAGAAUUGAAUGCCGAUACAAGCCGGAUACUCGGGUUGAAAGUCGGAUCGAGUUCUACCUAAGGUACUGCCGUAUAUUGGGAGUGAGCCCUGGGAACAACUUGGAUUGCUACUAUCAAAGGCCAUUUUAA